AUGAUGGAUCGCCGACCACAAUAUAUAAAUGUACCAAACUGUCCCUCUCUUCUCAAACAUGGAACAUCCCAUCCCUCACCUCUUUCCCCUUUAACUCCACCUCGACGACUCCACCAACGCAGCCUGCUACCCAGCCCACCCAUCUCGCCACUUCUUCACAAGCCCCCACCUCCUAUACCUUACCCAUGGAUUUGGCGCUGUCACAUAUGCCACUCCGUUUAUCGUCUUGGCGUCACCCGUCGCUGCCUCGAAGACGGCCAUUACUUCUGCUCUAUGCCUACUCCACCCCCUUCCCCACAAACUACCUCUCCCGUGUCCCCGUCCCCGUCCACUGGUUCUCUUUCUUCCCUGAUUCCCCCCAAAAAGAAAAAGAAACGCCGUCGCCAACCCCGUGGCUGUCGCGCCGAGUUUGACUACACAGGCUGGGAACAUUACAACCACUGGCGACGGGACAUCUCUCUCCUGAAAACCGAAUGUCGUUCUCUGAACAACCCACAUUUCAUCCCUCCAUUAAAAAUAGGCAAAGAUUGUUACCGCGACUGCGAUUUCCCCUCGGAAUGUCAAACUCUACACUUACGAUCGGCAGUAACUUCCAAAACGCGACAAAAGAGCGAGCCGGAGUUAAUUUUCCCCAUUUCUCCUAUCAGUGCCGAGGAACGUCAGCGCAUAGAUGAUGAACGAGAAGAUCAGCAGUUGAUAUUUGAUAUAGCAGCUACUACACCACCAGCCACUCGUGCUCAUAGCGAAUUCCAUAGUUCCUCAAAUCUCAUGCCCGAUAUCACUUCUCCCGAUUUAAGUAUGCUCGUUGAGCGCGAACGACGCAAGAGUUUGGAAGCGGAGAAACGCGGAUUAGAACACGAGGCGCAAUUCAUUGUUAGUCCUUUAACAAGUCAUACUGCCUUUGCGGAUACAAAUCAUGGCGGCAGUGGAUCUCCGAGUCCGAAAGAAAAAGAACGUGAAAAUGAAAGACAGGAAUCGAAAGAUGGUUUGGGAGUCUCGUAUCCUCCUGAACUAGAUGAUCUAGCAGGAGAAGAAGAAACAGAAGAGGAUGAACAGGGAUAUGUGAGGGAAUUCAUACGGGUUAUCAGAGGUGCAGUAUGGAAAGAUGGUAGGAGAGGUGGUGGAUGGGGAUUUGGGGGGCCGAGGGUAGGAGAAGGAGAGGGAAGCAAAAGUCGGAGAGCUAGUGUAGAGAUUGAAAGUCCACCUAGUAGUCCGUUGAAGAUGUUUUAUACAGUAGAGGAUAGUGAUGAUGAGGAUGAUCUUGAUGAGGUCACCCCCUGGGAUGAACAGAGGAGGAAGCAUAUUCGAUAA